AUGGUGGAGUCGUUGCAGUGGGGAGCCCAACCACCCCUGGUCCAGGCCAUCUUUAGCCGAGAUGUGGAGGAAGUGCGUUCCCUCCUCUCGCAGAAGGAGAACAUCAACGUGCUGGACCAAGAGAGGCGAACCCCGCUGCAUGCUGCUGCCUACGUAGGCGAUGUCCCCAUCCUCCAAUUGCUACUGAUGUCAGGUGCUAAUGUCAACGCUAAGGACACACUGUGGCUGACCCCUCUUCAUCGGGCUGCUGCCUCCCGAAAUGAGAAGGUGCUGGGGCUGCUGCUGGCACAUUCAGCAGAUGUGAAUGCCCGAGACAAGCUGUGGCAGACACCACUGCACGUGGCGGCUGCCAACCGGGCCACCAAGUGUGCUGAGGCCCUGGCACCCCUUUUGAGCAGUCUCAACGUGGCUGACAGGAGCGGACGCAGUGCCUUGCACCAUGCAGUGCAUAGUGGGCAUCUUGAGGUGAGGACUGCUCCCAGGCAUCUGGAGGUCUUGAAGCUGCUGGUGGCUCGGGGGGCAGACCUGGGCUGCAAGGACCGCAAGGGCUAUGGGCUGCUCCACACGGCCGCAGCCAGUGGCCAGAUCGAAGUGGUGAAGUACCUGCUCCGCCUGGGAGCCGAGAUCGACGAGCCCAACGCCUUCGGAAACACAGCUUUGCACAUCGCCUGCUACCUGGGCCAGGACGCCGUGGCCGUCGAGCUGGUGAACGCAGGAGCCAAUGUCAACCAGCCGAACGACAAGGGCUUCACGCCGCUGCAUGUCGCUGCGGUCUCCACCAACGGCGCGCUCUGCUUGGAGCUGCUGGUCAAUAACGGGGCCGAUGUCAACUACCAGAGCAAAGAAGGGAAGAGCCCUCUGCACAUGGCUGCGAUCCACGGCCGCUUCACCCGCUCCCAGAUCCUCAUCCAGAAUGGCAGCGAGAUUGAUUGUGCCGACAAAUUUGGGAACACGCCACUGCACGUGGCUGCUCGCUACGGCCACGAGCUGCUCAUCAGCACCCUCAUGACCAAUGGCGCGGACACCGCCCGGCGCGGCAUCCACGACAUGUUUCCCCUGCACUUAGCUGUUCUCUUCGGGUUCUCUGACUGUUGUCGUAAGCUUCUUUCCUCAGGUCAGCUGUACAGCAUCGUAUCUUCACUCAGCAACGAGCACGUACUUUCAGCUGGGUUUGACAUCAACACGCCUGACAACCUCGGCCGCACCUGUCUUCAUGCUGCUGCUUCUGGAGGGAGGAUCCAACAGGCUGGCUUUGGGCUGCCCUGGGAUCCGGCCCUGAUCCUUGUACUCGCCCUCCUCCCUCUCCUCCCCCUCAGGACCCCACUGCACUAUGCGGCCGCCAACGGCAGCUACCAGUGUGCCGUCACGCUGGUGACCGCGGGGGCCGGCGUCAACGAGGCUGACUGCAAAGGCUGCUCUCCCCUCCACUAUGCUGCCGCCUCCGACACCUACAGGAGGGCGGAACCCCACUCAGCUUCCAACCACGAUGCUGAAGAGGACGAGCCACUGAAGGAGUCCCGUAGGAAGGAGGCCUUCUUCUGUCUGGAGUUCUUACUGGAUAAUGGUGCGGACCCCUCCCUGCGGGACAGGCAGGGCUACACAGCUGUGCACUAUGCAGCCGCCUAUGGCAACAGACAGAACCUCGAACUGCUCUUAGAAAUGUCCUUCAACUGCCUGGAGGACGUGGAGAGCGCCAUCCCAGUCAGCCCUUUGCACUUAGCUGCCUACAACGGUCACUGUGAAGCCCUGAAGACACUGGCCGAGACGCUGGUGAACCUGGAUGUCAGGGACCACAAGGGCCGGACCGCGCUCUUCCUGGCCACCGAGCGAGGCUCUACUGAGUGUGUGGAGGUGCUGACGGCCCACGGCGCCUCUGCCCUCAUCAAGGAGCGCAAACGCAAGUGGACCCCCCUGCACGCUGCUGGUGAGCACCACGCCAGGCCUGGGGGCGCGGGGGAUGAGAUGGCAGUGACUGGCUGCGAGGACUGCCUGGCUGCCCUGCUAGACCACGACGCAUUUGUGCUGUGCCGAGACUUCAAGGGCCGCACGCCCAUUCACCUGGCCUCCGCCUGUGGCCACACUGCAGUCCUGCGGACCCUGCUGCAGGCUGCCCUGUCCACAGACCCAUUGGACGCGGGGGUGGAUUACAGCGGCUACUCGCCCAUGCACUGGGCCUCCUACACUGGACACGAAGAUUGUCUGGAGUUGUUACUUGAACACAGCCCGUUUUCAUACCUGGAGGGAAACCCCUUCACUCCUUUGCACUGUGCAGUGAUUAAUAACCAGGACAGCACCACCGAGAUGCUGCUGGGAGCUCUGGGUGCCAAGGUGGUGAAUAGCCGAGAUGCCAAAGGAAGGACCCCCCUUCACGCCGCUGCCUUCGCGGACAACGUCUCUGGGCUCCGGAUGCUGCUGCAGCAUCAAGCCGAGGUGAACGCCACCGACCACACCGGCCGCACGGCGCUCAUGACAGCGGCUGAGAACGGGCAGACCGCUGCUGUGGAAUGUCUGCUGUACCGAGGGAAGGCAGACCUCACUGUGCUGGAUGAGAGCAGGAACACGGCCCUCCACUUGGCUUGUAGCAAGGGCCAUGAGAAGUGUGCCCUUAUGAUCCUGGCAGAAACCCAAGACCUUGGCCUUAUCAAUGCCACCAACAGCGCACUACAGAUGCCACUCCACAUCGCUGCCCGGAAUGGUCUUGCCUCUGUGGUGCAGGCCUUGCUGAGUCGGGGGGCAACAGUGCUGGCUGUGGAUGAAGAAGGUCACACCCCAGCACUGGCCUGUGCCCCCAACAAAGACGUGGCAGACUGCCUGGCCUUGAUUCUUUCCACCAUGAAGCCUUUCCCACCCAAGGACGCUGUCAGUCCUUUCAGCUUCAGCCUGCUCAAGAACUGCGGCAUCGCAGCAGCCAAGACGGUGGGUGGCUGCGGGGCCCUGCCCCACGGGGCCUCCUGCCCCUACAGCCAGGAGCGGCACGGCGCCAUUGGGCUAGAUGGCUGCUACUCGGAGUAGCCCCCUCCAGUGCCCCUCUCCCUGCCAGUGGCUUGAUAUCUUAUUCUAUUUAUUUAGAAAAAGUCUAUACAUUUAGGGCACUUUAAAGGAGAACACGACUGGGCGG